UGUUGGACCACAGGCAUACUGUCGGCCAGAGGGGCGCUAAUAUUUGCAACACCCGGUGUUUGAGUUGUGGAAUGGAGUAUUGUUGAUGCAGAAAGACGGCAGCGUUAUUGUGCAUCUGAACCACAGCCACAGUACGUUUACACCCCAGUGAUCCGGAGCGGAGACCAGGAGCGACAUGGCGGACACUAUAAUCAUUCGGGUGCAGUCCCCAGAUGGGAUGAAGAAAGUUCCUUCCACCAAGAGGGAAACGGCGGCUGGUUUUAUAAAACAGGUGGCCAAAGAGUUUGGAUUCAACUCCAACGGCUUCUCCAUCUACCAGAACCGCAACAAGACGGGAGAGAUCGACUCCAAGACCUCCAAGAGCCUCAGCAUACUCAAGAUCAAGCAUGGCGACAUGCUGUAUCUGUACCCCUCCGGCUCGGUCGGGGUCCCGGCAGAGGUCAUGGACACGGCCGCCGCCCACUCGUCCGCCUCGCUCCCGUCCACGUCCUUCGCCACCUCGCUGUCCUCGUCGACGUCCGCGUCGUCGUCGUCGUCGUCGUCCUCCAUGAUGCCCCGCUCCUCCUCGGGGCCCACCCAGGUCCAGGAGGACAGCAUAGACCAGUACCUGGCCAAGCAGGAUGGCAAGAUCUACAGGAACCGCGACGCCCAGCUGUGUCGACACGGAGCUCUGGGGAAGUGCGUGCACUGCGUUCCAUUAGAGCCUUUCGACGAAGACUACCUGAACCACUUGGACCCGCCGGUGAAGCAAAUGUCGUUCCACGCCUACAUCCGCAAGCUGACGGGCGGGGCCGACAAAGGAAAGUUUGCGGCUCUGGAGAACAUCAGCUGUAAGAUCAAGUCUGGCUGCGAGGGGCACCCGCCCUGGCCCGAGGGCAUCUGCACCAAGUGCCAGCCCAGCGCCAUCACCCUGAACAGACAGAGGUACAGACACGUGGACAACAUCAUGUUCGAGCACCACACCAUCGCAGACCGCUUCCUGGACUACUGGAGGAAGACGGGCAGCCAGAGGAUGGGCUACCUGUACGGCCGCUACACCGAGCACAAGGACAUCCCCCUGGCCAUCCGCGCAGAGGUGGCCGCCAUCUACGAACCCCCACAGAACGCCACCCAGAACAGCCUGGAGCUGCUGGAGGACCCCCGGGCCGCGGCCGUGGAGGAGAUCGCUGCCAAGCUGGGACUGGUCAAGGUGGGCUGGAUCUUCACCGACCUCAUAUCGGAGGACACCAGAAUAGGAACCGUCCGCUACUCGCGGAACCAGGACUCGUACUACCUGAGUGCUGAGGAGUGCAUCACUUCGGGAUACUUCCAGAACCUUCACUCAAACCCCUGCAGACUGUCCCGCGACGGCCAUUUUGGCUCCAAAUUUGUCACAGUGGUGGCAACAGGCGGCCCGGACAACCAGGUGCACUUUGAGAGCUACCAGGUGUCCAACCAGUGCAUGGCCCUGGUGAGGGACGAGUGCCUGCUGCCCUGCAGAGACGCCCCCGAGCUGGGCUACGCCAAGGAGUCCAGCUCGGAGCAGUACGUACCCGACGUCUUCUUCAAGGACAAAGACAAGUUUGGAAACGACGUGACGUUUCUUGCCCGACCUCUGCCUGUUGAAUACCUGAUCAUAGAUAUCACCACCACCUUCCCCAAGGACCCCCAGUUCACCUUCUCCUCCACCGAGCGUUUCCCCAUCGAGAACCGCGACGUCCUCGGAGAGACGCAAGACUUCCACAGCUUGUCCACGUACCUGUCCCAGUCCAGCUCCACCUCCUUCCUCAACAUCGUGUCUGAUUUCCACCUGCUCCUCUUCCUCGUCACCAAUGAGGUCAUGCCUCUGAGAGACAGCAUCGGGCUCAUCCUGGAGGCCGUGAAGACCUCCAACGAGGACCUGGCCCAGACCUGGAAGAAGUCCGAACAGUGGGCCACCAUCGAACAGCUGUGCAGUACGGUGGGGGGCCAGCCUCCCAGCUCCCUGGACUACGGCGCCGUCGGGGGGCCCUCGGCCGCCUCCUCCUCCUCCUCCGCCAUGUGGUCCUGCCUGCACUGCACCUUCAUGAACCAGCCCGGCACCGAGCUCUGUGAGAUGUGCAGCCUGCCCCGCGGGUAG